ACACGCCGGGGCUCCCUGCGAGCGGCGGGUGCCAGGGCUAGCUCGGCAGCCGUCGCAGUCGCCACUCGGCUCAAGGGGACAGAGGCCGGCAGCACCCAAGGCCGCUGCCGCGCAACCGGGACGCGAUCCCCGCGGGCUCUGCCCCCAGGCGAAAGGUCCCUGCGCGGCGCGCACACGUGGAUGCGGCUGAGGUCGCCGCGCCUUCUCGUACCCUCCUUCAGCCGCCUUAGGUCGCCCCGGCCGAGGCGCGGUGACCGGACAGACCCUCGCGAAGGAGUUCUAAGGAGAAGUCCAUGGAGGCAAAGCAAAUCCAUUCGCCUUUCCUUAGAUUGUUUGAUUUUCUCCUACUGGUUUGUUGUUGAGCCUGCGGGCGCUGGUCCCCGCGCGGUGCUGGGAAGUUGCAAAGAGCGUGGGUGGAGACCCUGCAGCAGCACCCGCGGGCUGGGCUGGGCGGGGAGCAGCGCCGGGGCUUGGUUGGGCUCUGGGGACGAGAGGGCGACUUGGGGGAGCUCCGGGCUACCUAUGCCUCCUCCGGAGCCUGGCGGCGCAGGGCGGUGUGCUGCCCCUCGAGGGCUCCACUUUUCGCCUUUAGGACUUCACAGGACAGCUACCGGGGUCAUCUGUAUUUUUUUUUUUUUUUUCCGAGAGCUGAAACUGGCAGCAGGAGGAGGGAGUCGGCCAGGGGUGCUGGGAGGAGGCGCGGCAGAGGCUCCGCGCCCCGAGGUCUCGGCCGCCCCCGCGGGGCGGGGCCGCGCAGGUUCCCUGAGGCUCCAGGUAGCCCAGAGGGGAGGCGGCUGGGAGGGGCGGGAGCCUUGAACCUGCCUCAGGGGAAGAGAAACCCGACUGCGGGCUCGGAGCCGUUUCUUGCAAGGGCGAGCGUCAACUCGGCAGGGAUUAUAUUAACCAGCAUAUAUAGCAGUGACGAGGAUGAUGAGGACUUUGAGAUGUGUGACCAUGACUAUGAUGGGCUGCUUCCCAAGUCUGGAAAGCGUCACUUGGGGAAAACAAGGUGGACCCGGGAAGAGGAUGAAAAACUGAAGAAGCUGGUGGAACAGAAUGGAACAGAUGACUGGAAAGUUAUUGCCAAUUAUCUCCCGAAUCGAACAGAUGUGCAGUGCCAGCACCGAUGGCAGAAAGUACUAAACCCUGAGCUCAUCAAGGGUCCUUGGACCAAAGAAGAAGAUCAGAGAGUGAUAGAGCUUGUACAGAAAUACGGUCCGAAACGUUGGUCUGUUAUUGCCAAGCACUUAAAGGGGAGAAUUGGAAAACAAUGUAGGGAGAGGUGGCAUAACCACUUGAAUCCAGAAGUUAAGAAAACCUCCUGGACAGAAGAGGAAGACAGAAUUAUUUACCAGGCACACAAGAGACUGGGGAACAGAUGGGCAGAAAUCGCAAAGCUACUGCCUGGACGAACUGAUAAUGCUAUCAAGAACCACUGGAAUUCUACAAUGCGUCGGAAGGUCGAACAGGAAGGUUAUCUGCAGGAGUCUUCAAAAGCCAGCCAGCCAGCAGCAGCCACAAGCUUCCAGAAGAACAGUCAUUUGAUGGGUUUUGCUCAGGCUCCGCCUACAGCUCAACUCCCUGCCACUGGCCAGCCCACUGUUAACAACGACUAUUCCUAUUACCACAUUUCUGAAGCACAAAAUGUCUCCAGUCAUGUUCCAUACCCUGUAGCGUUACAUGUAAAUAUAGUCAAUGUCCCUCAGCCAGCUGCCGCAGCCAUUCAGAGACACUAUAAUGAUGAAGACCCUGAGAAGGAAAAGCGAAUAAAGGAAUUAGAAUUGCUCCUAAUGUCAACCGAGAAUGAGCUAAAAGGACAGCAGGUGCUACCAACACAGAACCACACAUGCAGCUACCCCGGGUGGCACAGCACCACCAUUGCCGACCACACCAGACCUCAUGGAGACAGUGCACCUGUUUCCUGUUUGGGAGAACACCACUCCACUCCAUCUCUGCCAGCGGAUCCUGGCUCCCUACCUGAAGAAAGCGCCUCGCCAGCAAGGUGCAUGAUCGUCCACCAGGGCACCAUUCUGGAUAAUGUUAAGAACCUCUUAGAAUUUGCAGAAACACUCCAAUUUAUAGAUUCUGAUUCUUCAUCAUGGUGUGAUCUCAGCAGUUUUGAAUUCUUUGAAGAAGCAGAUUUUUCACCUAGCCAACAUCACACAGGCAAAGCCCUACAGCUUCAGCAAAGAGAGGGCAAUGGGACUAAACCUGCAGGAGAACCUAGCCCAAGGGUGAACAAACGUAUGUUGAGUGAGAGUUCACUUGACCCACCCAAGGUCUUACCUCCUGCAAGGCACAGCACAAUUCCACUGGUCAUCCUUCGAAAAAAACGGGGCCAGGCCAGCCCCUUAGCCACUGGAGACUCUAGCUCCUUCAUAUUUGCUGACGUCAGCAGUUCAACUCCCAAGCGUUCCCCUGUCAAAAGCCUACCCUUCUCUCCCUCGCAGUUCUUAAACACUUCCAGUAACCAUGAAAACUCAGACUUGGAAAUGCCUUCUUUAACUUCCACCCCCCUCAUUGGUCACAAAUUGACUGUUACAACACCAUUUCAUAGAGACCAGACUGUGAAAACUCAAAAGGAAAAUACUGUUUUUAGAACCCCAGCUAUCAAAAGGUCAAUCUUAGAAAGCUCUCCAAGAACUCCUACACCAUUCAAACAUGCACUUGCAGCUCAAGAAAUUAAAUACGGUCCCCUGAAGAUGCUACCUCAGACACCCUCUCAUCUAGUAGAAGAUCUGCAGGAUGUGAUCAAACAGGAAUCUGAUGAAUCUGGAAUUGUUGCUGAGUUUCAAGAAAAUGGACCACCCUUACUGAAGAAAAUCAAACAAGAGGUGGAAUCUCCAACUGAUAAAUCAGGAAACUUCUUCUGCUCACACCACUGGGAAGGGGACAGUCUGAAUACCCAACUGUUCACGCAGACCUCGCCUGUGGCAGAUGCACCGAAUAUUCUUACAAGCUCCGUUUUAAUGGCACCAGCAUCAGAAGAUGAAGACAAUGUUCUCAAAGCAUUUACAGUACCUAAAAACAGGUCCCUGGCGAGCCCCUUGCAGCCUUGUAGCAGUACCUGGGAACCUGCAUCCUGUGGAAAGAUGGAGGAGCAGAUGACAGCUUCCAGUCAAGCUCGUAAAUACGUGAAUGCAUUCUCAGCCCGGACACUGGUCAUGUGAGACAUUUCCAGAAAAGCAUUAUGGUUUUCAGAACACUUCAAGUUGACUUGGGAUAUAUCAUUCCUCAACAUGAAACUUUUCAUGAAUGGGAGAAGAACCUAUUUUUGUUGUGGUACAACAGUUGAGAGCAGCACCAAGUGCAUUUAGUUGAAUGAAGUCUUAUUGGAUUUCACCCAACUAAAAGGAUUUUUAAAAAUAAAUAACAGUCUUACCUAAAUUAUUAGGUAAUGAAUUGUAGCCAGUUGUUAAUAUCUUAAUGCAGAUUUUUUAAAAAAAAAAACAUAAAAUGAUUUAUCUGUAUUUUAAAGGAUCCAACAGAUCAGUAUUUUUUCCUGUGGUGGGUUUUUUGAAAUUUUACACAUUAAAAGGUACUCCAGUAUUUCACUUUUCUCGAUCACUAAACAUAUGCAUAUAUUUUUAAAAAUCAGUAAAAGCAUUACUCUAAGUGUAGACUUAAUACCAUGAGACAUUUAAUCCAGAUUGUAAAUGCUCAUUUAUGGUUAAUGACAUUGAAGGUACAUUUAUUGUACCGAACCAUUUUAUGAGUUUUCUGUUAGCUUGCUUUAAAAAUUAUUACUGUAAGAAAUAGUUUUAUAAAAAAUUAUAUUUUUAUUCAGUAAUUUAAUUUUGUAAAUGCCAAAUGAAAAACGUUUUUUGCUGCUAUGGUCUUAGCCUGUAGACAUGCUGCUAGUAUCAGAGGGGCAGUAGAGCUUGGACGGAAAGAAAAGAAACUUGGUGUUAGGUAAUUGACUAUGCACUAGUAUUUCAGACUUUUUAAUUUUAUAUAUAUAUACAUUUUUUUUCCUUCUGCAAUACAUUUGAAAACUUGUUUGGGAGACUCUGCAUUUUUUAUUGUGGUUUUUUUGUUAUUGUUGGUUUAUACAAGCAUGCGUUGCACUUCUUUUUUGGGAGAUGUGUGUUGUUGAUGUUCUGUGUUUUGUUUUGAGUGUAGCCUGACUGUUUUAUAAUUUGGGAGUUCUGCAUUUGAUCCGCAUCCCCUGUGGUUUCUAAGUGUAUGGUCUCAGAACUGUUGCAUGGAUCCUGUGUUUGCAACUGGGGAGACAGAAACUGUGGUUGAUAGCCAGUCACUGCCUUAAGAACAUUUGAUGCAAGAUGGCCAGCACUGAACUUUUGAGAUAUGACGGUGUACUCACUGCCUUGUAGCAAAAUAAAGAUGCGCCCUUAUUUUACCUA